AUGAAAUUCCUCAUCGAAACCGGUGCGGAUGUGUCCUUCAUCCCGAGAGAUCUCAAAUCAACCCGGAUGAAGCCAACGUCAUUUAAAUUGUUCGCCGCUAACGGAACACCGAUUAAAGUGUACGGAGAAGUUAUGCUUGGCCUCCGGCGCGAAUUUCUGUGGACAUUCCUCAUCGCAGAUGUGUCAUCAGGGAUCAUCGGUGCAGAUUUCAUUUGCCACUACGACCUGCUGAUUGAUUUGAAACGUCAUCGUCUCAUCGAUAACACCACGAAGCUGGAAGCGAUGGCAGUUUUGACACGGACGAGUGAGUACUCUAUAAAAACAUUCAGCACGUCAUGCCCCUACGCCGAGCUGCUGGCAGAAUUCUCAUCCAUCACCAAACUAGCAGUACCCGGUACAAAGAGUGCAUCAUCAACAGUGCAUCGCAUCGAAACCACCGGUCAGCCAUCAUACGCCCGGCCGAGACGUCUUUCAUAA